GACAUGAUGCUCACCUGCAGGCACAGACGAUCACCCUUCCAAACGGCCCGUCUGCAUCAGACACGAGACUGAUGAACCACUCGGUCAAGGAUCUGGUGUGCCCAGAUCCUUUUGGUCUGCUUACCCCAACUUUUACCAUUUAUAGCUGAGGGUAAAGUCUCCCAGAUAUCACCUUCUACUAGCCAACUCGCCAGGCACCAUGGCAGACACGCUCGCCGAGUCUGCGAUUGUUCAAGAUACUACUUUACCAGAGAUCCCAGCUAUUGUCGAACCCGAUGUAGAUGCGGACGAGCGUGGGCGCCUGAAGCGACGUAGGCAAUCAUCUCAGCACUCCCCUCGCCGAGCCUCCUCCCCCUCUCGCGGCCACGAUCGCAACAGCGGCUCGCGUUACCGAACCCACUACCGCAAGCAUCACCGUCCAUCUUCCCCCACAUUAUCCAUCUCCCCACCCACUUCGGUAGAGAAGAAGCUCAGACGGCGUAGUGAUGCCGAACCCGACCAUACAUUCAGGGGUCGAGCACGCAACAGAAGCAUCGACCGAAGAAGAACCCGAAGUCCGCUUUUCGAGGAUGAAGAUGCGUGUGUAGAGAGCGAUGAAGAUGUCAAGAGGUUCAGGAAGAGAAGUGCACCGCCUAGCCGGCGCCGAAUGGAUGAAGCAGAUUUGGCAGCGGAGAUUAGGCGACAGAGGAGUUAUCCUAACCUUUACAAAGUGGACAGGAGGGACUCCAAGGUUGAGGUUGAACGGCACAUGCAAGUGGGGACUGUGGGUUCUACAGAAGUUGCAGCAGCGCCCCACAUGAAUGAUGACCGGCGACACUAGUACAUACUUCUACAUAUGUCUGGCCUAGUCGCCCAGUAUUACGGUGUGCAGUAGCAGUCUAGGAUGGCGCUGGGGUUGUACGUUACAUUUCCUAUCCAUAAGAGAAGGGCGCAGCACGGGGUAGAAUUUGGUCAGCGUAUUUGGCAGAAGAUGUUUUUUUUUCAAUCAUUUCCUCUCUGGCAUACGUACAUAUCGCGAAGUUAUUACUAUGUUCUAUUCGAUUGCCAUGG